AUCAUGUCUGUCUUCAAUUCUUCUGUCCUUUAUCCUAGGUUUCUUUUAACAGGUUUCCCAGGAUUAGAGGCCAUGUAUGGUUUGAUCUCUGUCCCCAUCUGCCUGGUCUACAUUAUUUCCAUUGCAGGAAAUAUAACUAUCCUCUUCAUCAUUCGAACAGAGCCCUCGCUCCACCAGCCCAUGUACUAUUUUCUCUCAAUGUUGGCUAUGACAGACUUGGGACUAUCUACUACUACACUGCCUACUAUGCUCAGUGUCUUCUGGUUCCACUCCCGUGAGAUCCCUUUCAAUGCUUGCUUGAUUCAGAUGUACUUCAUCCAUGUGUUUUCAAUCAUUGAGUCUGCCGUGUUGCUGGCCAUGGCAUUUGAUCGUUUUGUGGCCAUCCGUGAACCCCUGCGUUAUUCAACCAUCCUUACCAAUGGGGUAAUUAUUGGGAUUGGGCUAGCCAUUGCUGGAAGGGCUCUGACUUUGGUUUUCCCAGCUUCCUUUCUCUUGAAAAGGCUACAAUAUCAACCCAUAAAUGCCCUCUCUUACUCUUUUUGUCUGCACCAGGAUCUCAUUAAAAUGACAGUAUCCAGUCGUAGAAUUAGCAGCAUCUAUGGCCUCAUGGUGGUCAUCUUUUCCAUGGGACUAGAUUCGGUAUUGCUUCUCCUGUCCUAUAUGCUCAUCCUGGCCACAGUGCUAAGCAUCGCUUCUAAGUCAGAGCGUGUCAAAGCCCUCAACACCUGCAUCUCUCAUAUAUGUGCUGUGCUUACCUUCUACACACCCAUGAUUGGUUUAUCCAUGAUCCGCCGCUAUGGACAGAAUGCCUCCCCAAUAGUUCAUGUGCUGAUGGCCAAUGUCUACCUUCUUGUUCCUCCACUUAUGAACCCUAUUGUAUAUAGUGUUAAGACUAAGCAGAUUCGCCUGCGUAUCCUCAAGAAGUUCAAAAAGCAGAAAGGAUAGGGAGACUCACAGAUUCCUUCCUUAAUAAUACUGAUUAUGUCUUACCUUUAUAUGGCAAUUACUCUUGUUUUUUCAAUAAUUUUGGAAAAAAUAUAA